UAUACGUGUCCCCUGGAGCCGGUGAUCGAUCCUCCUUUUCCAAGAUGUCGGUGUACGGGCCAGUGGUGAAAAUUCACCCCGUCGUUGUCGCUUCUAUCUGCGACUCUUACGAGCGGAGAAAUGAAGGAGCGAGCCGUGUGAUUGGAACCCUGUUGGGUACCAUUGACAAGCACUCUAUUGAGGUGACCAACUGCUUCUCUGUCCCUCACAAUGAGUCUGAAGACGAGGUGGCUGUGGACAUGGAGUUCGCCAAGAACAUGUACGAGCUCCACAAGAGGGUUUCCCCCACUGAGGUCAUCAUCGGCUGGUAUGCCACAGGUUUUGACAUCACAGAACACUCGGUGCUCAUUCAUGAGUACUACAGCCGUGAGGCCUCCAACCCCAUUCACCUGACUGUGGACUCAGCACUGCAGAGUGGCAAGAUGAACAUCCGCGCUUACGUCAGUGCACAGAUGGGCGUGCCAGGAAAGACAGUUGGUGUGAUGUUCACUCCACUGAGUGUCAAGUAUAUCUACUAUGACACUGAGAGGAUAGGCGUGGACCUUCUGCAGAGGACACGUGUAACUCCCAAUCGCACCAAGGGGCUGACCUCUGAUCUGUCCCAGGUGGCUGGAUCUGCAGCCAGGAUACAGGACAUGCUAACCACCAUGCUUGCAUACAUUGAAGAUGUGCUGUCUGGCAAAGUGACAGCAGAUAACAGCGUGGGCCGUUUCCUGAUGGACUUGGUCAACAAGGUGCCGACCAUCUCAGCUGAGGACUUUGAGAACAUGCUCAAUUCCAACAUCAACGACCUGUUGAUGGUGACCUACCUAUCCAACCUGACCCAAGCACAGAUUGCUCUAAAUGAGAAGUUGGUGCUGCUCUGAGGGGAGUUCUUUAAAGUGAUUCAUAUUUAAUUUUUGUACACUUUUUUUUUUUUUUUGGCUGAGAUGAAUAAAGAUGUUUAACAGUCA